GCAAGAACAGCCAACUUCACCCGAUUUUCGCUCUGUGUAUUUAACCAUAGGGAGCAAAACACAAAAAUUAAUAAAAAAAACUUUGACAACUUCAACGAAUUUUUCGCAGACGCUUUCUUGAGUGGUUGACCAGCCUAGAGAAAUAUAGUUUCGCUCAUUAAAAACGUUCGAAUUGCAAUGAAUUCCAGCAUAACAAUUGAACGUAAGCGUGUUGAUUGCAAUUCGUUGCCGAAAGGAUGGCAGCGGGAAGAAGUGCUCCGUAAGUCUGGUAUAUCGGCUGGUAAAGUUGAUGUCUACUACUACAGUACUACAAAUGCCAACAUACUACAACCACCAACUUCAACAACCACAUCAAAUACGCUAAAUGCAUUAAAGCGCAGAUACAAGGCGCAAUCCCAAUCCCAAUCACAAACUCAGAAUCAAUCACAGACCCAUGGUAUACAAGGCAUACAUACGACUGCCAUUAGUAGCAGCUGUGCCCCGUCAAGCGCAUCUGGCGUUGCAACUACAUCGGCUGCGAGUUCUCGUCAGCAAUUAGAAUUCAGUCGCGCCCCACGCACAGACGCUUCACUGGUGCCGCCUAUACGUCAGACCGCGUCAAUUUUUAAACAACCAGUAACUGUAGUACGUAAUCAUGAGCAUACAAAGGUUCGAAAUGAUAACACCAAACAGACAAGUGGCCAGGAGAAACCAAAGCAAAUGUUCUGGGAGAAACGAUUAGAGGGUUUGCGCGCAUGUCAUCCUACCGGCGAAGAAUUUGAAGAUAUCGUUUUGCCAAAAAGUAUACGCACCAUUGGUCCAAAUGUUAGUGAGCAGACCGUACUGCAAUCGUUGGCUACCGCAUUGCAUGUGCUCAACGUGCCUGUUAUGGGACAAGCCUCCACAAAGACUGAGAUGAAUAAAAAUGCUCCGGCAUUUUUGAAUCCAGAACAACCACUAAUGCAAGCUGUUCUAGUGUCAGAAGACGAUAUACGACGCCAAGAGGAUCGGGUUAAUGCGGCUAGAAGAAAGCUCCAAGAUGCUCUUAAAACUUAAACUAUAAUUAUAUUAAGUUCAUCUUUUGUUAGCAUAUUUACAUAACUGAAAUCUAACCUUUUGCUACUAAGAAAUUUAGUUAAUUUUAAGGUAUGCGUUUAUGUACAUAUAUCGUCGUUUAAAGUACAAAACCGCGUAUUUAUUUUCUAGAGAGUAAAAAUACUCAUAUUUC